GGAAGGCCACACUUGUUGGCUAAAUCGAAGACGAUUUCUGAAUACACACGGGCUGCUCCUCACCUCCCAGCCUUCCGCCGCCGCAUCUUCUCCUCACCGCCGUCGACCACCUCUGAAUGUCAAUUUUCGGCUGACCACGACGCCUGCCCCUCUUUUGACACUGCUCGAAGCAGACUCACUGUUGCUUCUGCUUCGAAACCGCCGAAUUUUCCAGCUCGCUGCACCUCCAUGCCGUCCAGAGCCGCGGUGAAUUCCGAUAGAGCAACAUUGGGCGCCCCUAAGGUUAAGCUUCCGAGGCCCAAGCGGGAAAGAGAGAAAGAGUUGAGUUCAGUUCCAGUUCAAUCCCCAGCUUCUUGCGUUUCGCCAACCGUUACUUUAGCUAAUAAGUCUAUAAAUGUCCGAGAAACCCGUGCUUUUACUCAUUCUUGGAUUCUUAUUUUGGUUAACGUCAUUUGUAUUGUGUCUGUAUCACACGCAGUUUAUUUGAGGAGUAUAGUUUAUAAACUUGAGGAUGAGAAUGCCAGGCUUCAAAAGUUAUCAUGUAGACAUAGAAAUACCUUUAACAAUGGCAGCAUAGGCGAUCCUGAGCUUGAAAAUACUCCUUCUACUCCAUUGUACUUUGGAGAUGCUGAGAGUAGAGCAGCUGCUCUGUAUGCAGUAGUUUUUACCCUAAUUAUGCCAUUUCUGCUGUACAAGUAUCUUGAUUGGUUGCCACAAAUGAUGAACCUCCCAAAUCUAACAAUGGUUAACCAGGAGGAGAUUCCAUUCAAAAAAAGGAUUGCUUAUAUGGUUGAUGUGUGUUUCUCAAUUUACCCUUACGCCAAGCUCUUGGCACUUCUCUUUGCCACUUUCUUUCUAAUUGGAUAUGGAGGGUUGGCAUUGUACGCUGUGAGUGAUAAGAGCUUUACCGAGUCUAUUUGGCUCUCUUGGACCUUUGUAGCAGACUCGGGGAGUCAUGCUGACAUGGCAGGCAUAGGGUCAAGGUUGGUUUCGGUUCUCAUAACUUCAGGCGGCAUGCUUAUAUUUGCCAUGAUGCUUGGACUUGUUUCAGAUGCUAUAUCGGAGAAGGUGGAUUCUCUACGGAAAGGCAAAAGCGAGGUCAUUGAAAGCAAUCAUAUUCUUAUUCUUGGAUGGAGUGAUAAAUUGGGGUCACUGUUGAAACAGUUAGCCAUUGCAAAUAUGAGCACUGGCGGCGGAGUUGUUGUUGUGCUUGCAGAAAGAGACAAAGAAGAAAUGGAGAUCGACAUAUCAAAGCUAGAAUUUGACUUCAUGGGAACUUCAGUUAUUUGCAGGAGUGGCAGUCCUCUCAUACUUGCUGACUUAAAGAAGGUGUCAGUCUCAAAGGCACGUGCCAUCAUUGUCUUAGCUUCUGAUGAGAAAGCUGAUCAGAGUGAUGCGCGUGCUUUGAGGGUUGUGCUCAGCCUCGUAGGCGUGAAGGAAGGGUUGAGGGGUCAUGUUGUUGUGGAGAUGAGUGAUCUUGACAGUGAACCCUUGGUGAAGCUUGUUGGUGGAGAUCUUGUCGAAACAGUUGUUGCACAUGAUGUCAUUGGACGGUUGAUGAUCAAGUGUGCUCUCCAGCCUGGCCUUGCACAGAUAUGGGAAGACAUCCUAGGGUUUGAAAAUGCUGAGUUUUACAUUAAGAGAUGGCCACAACUGGAUGGUCUAUGUUUCAGAGAUGCACUUACUUCUUUCUCAGAUGCAAUUCCCUGUGGAGUUAAGGAUGCUGCAGAUGGUGGGAAAAUAAUCAUAAACCCUGAUGACGAUUAUGUAUUAAAAGAAGGUGAUGAGAUCCUUGUUAUAGCUGAGGAUGAUGAUACGUAUACCCCAGCUCCCUUGGAAGAGGUGCAUAGAGGCAUUUUCCCUAGAAUGAGUGACCCUCCAAAAUUUCCAGAGAGAAUACUAUUCUGUGGUUGGAGGCGAGACAUUGAUGAUAUGAUAAUGGUAUUAGAAGCACUCCUGGCUCCAGGGUCAGAGCUGUGGAUGUUUAAUGAGGUUGUUGAGAAAGAUAGAGAAAGGAAGCUUACUGAUGGCAGUCUGGAUAUUUCACAAUUAGUGAACAUUAAACUUAUCCAUCGUGAGGGGAAUGCUGUAAUCAGACGUCAUUUAGAGAGUCUUCCUCUAGAAACCUUUGAUUCCAUAUUAAUUCUUGCAGAUGCAUCUCUUGGAGACUCCAUUGUUCAUUCUGAUUCGCGGUCUCUUGCGACCCUCCUCCUCAUCCGAGACAUUCAGUCAAAACGUCUUCCGUAUAAAAAUUCCAAACCAGUUCCUCUACGUCAUGCUGCUUUCUGUCAGAGCUUGUGGAUCCGUGAAAUGCAACAAGCUUCUGACAAGUCAAUAAUUAUAAGCGAGAUAUUGGACUCAAGGACUAGAAACCUUGUGUCGGUUUCUAGGAUCAGUGACUAUGUGCUAUCUAAUGAGCUGGUGAGCAUGGCACUGGCUAUGGUAGCCGAAGACAAACAAAUAAAUCGGGUCCUCGAAGAACUCUUUGCAGAAGAGGGAAAUGAAUUGUGUAUCAAGCCUGCAGAGUUUUAUUUAUAUGACAAGGAAGAACUCUGUUUCAUUGAUAUAAUGGUACGAGGCCGGCAAAGGCAUGAGAUUGUGAUCGGAUACCGCCUUGCUGCCACAGAGCGGGCCAUUAUUAACCCUGCCAACAAGUCACAGUGCCGCAAGUGGUCCAUCGAUGAUGUUUUUGUUGUUCUCUCAUCUGGAGAUUCAUAAUAUCACACGUUGCAUGCUUUACUGCAUCAAUAUACACUCACCUCGUGAAAUUAUCACUUUUCCCUCACUUUAGGUAUCAUCAAGUAAAUCCCCCAAGGGUGUAUAUAUAACCUAUGUGUACCACUUUGCCCUCUAGCAUUUCUCUUGGCUUGCAUGCUAGGCUUGUAGCAGUAGCUUCACUCCAAGAUAAGUAGGCAUCCAAACAACAGUCCCAUUUUUGCAGUCCACUGACUCCUACUACAAGCUUUAGAUGUAGUUCAGUUAUUCAUUUGCUUCCCUUACACUCUGUAUGUACUUCAUAAUGUAACGUUUUGAUGUCACAGCUAGUUUCCUUCUCCAACUAUACUAAUUCUAAACCCU